AUGUUGCUGUCUAACUUACGUAUACUGCGGAAUUGCUCGUCUCCAGCUACACCAGAAAGUGUUAUUUCCAAUGAAGAUGUGGAUAGCAAUCACUCAGAUCCUACGACUUCUUCUCAGUUGCCAUCAACACCGCGACGCCGUAAGAAUCCAAUAGAACUGCAAGAAGCUGGGAAGACGAUGAAAGAUGCAAUGACUUCACUGAAUAAAGUUUUGAAUAAACCACAAGCGGUGGAAGAUGAUUUUGAUCGUUACGGCAAGAUUCUGGCUAAUAAGUUGCGUAAACUAUCUGAAUCAGACAGUAUAAAAAUGAUGUACGAAAUAGACGGAUUAUUCAUCAAGCGAAUGAAUAACACACCUCCACACUUCACACGUCCUUCACCAAUGUAUACUGUAUAUUCAGAGCCAAUCCAACGCCAACAAAUACAACAUCCAGCCGCAUCACCCACAUACUACGUACGGCCUGAAUCGUCAUCUACUUCCUAUUCGGAUCCAGGGGUUCAAACUUCUUCCGUGGCUUUUUCUGAUACUAAUACAAUACAAAUUAUAUCUGAUGAGAUCUUGAGGUCACCAUACCCAGAGUACAAUACAGCCAAUGAUGUGUUAGGUCAGGCUUUUCGUAAAGCUUAAUUUUAUAUUACUAAGUAGGU